GGGAGUAUCGAACCACCACGUCUGCAGCGGUGAGAGAGGGGAAGAGGAGAGGGGAUCGAAAUAAGCCGACUGGAGGAUAGAGAAGAGAGGACAACGAGGAUUCGAGACUGCUUCACGAAAACAAAGUCGGCUGCAACAUCUGGAGCAAAGCGCAAGCUGAAUUUGGACAUAAAAUACGCACAGCCUGUAGCUCCUGAGCCCCUCCUUCAGACUUCCUGCUCCCACGUCUUAUAAUUUGGUUAAAAUUCCCCAAAACGCGAGAAGAAUGCACAGACUAGACAAAUACCUCUCGUGGUUUAGGUAACUCAAGUAUUAAGUUGCAGAGACACAUAUCUUCUGGAAACUCUGUUUUACUUUGCGCCAAGUCUAUCUCAGUUGCGCGGUUUUCGUUUAUGGGAUACGUUUUUCACGAUGUUUUGACAAAUAGCGAAGUGACGAUUGCGCGAACUGUUACGGGAAGAGCUGUCCAUUUUUGUGUUGUUUUUUGGAGAGUCAAGUGAUGGCACCAGAGCUAAAAUCGCUUGUCCGACUGCUGCUGUUGGCGGUGGUGUGGGAGCUGAGCGCACAGGGGGCGACGGAGCGACAAAUCAGUCCAGAGUCAUGGCUGCAGCAGUACGGUUACCUUCCCCCGGGGGACAUGAGGACCCACGCCCUCCGCUCCCCUCACUCUGUCUCCUCGGCUAUCGGCGCCAUGCAGAAGUUCUACGGACUCACCGUCACAGGCACCUUUGACCCCAAAACCAUUGAGGCCAUGAAGCGACCGCGCUGUGGCGUGCCAGAUAAGUUUGGUGCAGAGUUAAAGAGCAACCUGAGGAGGAAGCGAUACGCCACCCAGGGCCUGAAGUGGAACAAGAAUGAAGUCACUUUCUCUAUACAGAACUACACCCCUAAGGUGGGUGAGUACGAGACCCACGAUGCCAUCAAGAAGGCCUUCAAGGUGUGGGAGAGCAUCACCCCGCUUCGUUUCCGAGAAAUCCCCUACAGUCACAUACGGGACAAGGUGGAGGAGUUUGCCGACAUUAUGCUCUUCUUCGCCGAGGGUUUCCACGGUGACAGCAGCCCGUUCGAUGGCGAGGGUGGCUUCCUGGCACAUGCCUAUUUCCCCGGUAAUGGCCUCGGUGGGGACACCCACUUUGAUGCAGCUGAGCCUUGGACUAUUGGAAACAAGGAUCUGUAUGGUAAUGACUUAUUCCUGGUUGCGGUCCAUGAACUGGGCCAUGCUCUGGGUCUGGAGCACUCCAAUGACCCUUCAGCCAUCAUGGCUCCCUUCUACCAGUGGAUGGACACAGACAACUUCCAACUUCCUGACGACGACCGCAGAGGCAUACAGCAACUUUAUGGGUCUGGAUCAGGCCCUCAGGCCCCCCAUGUAACACCCCGUACGCCGAACCACAAUCCCGAACCCACAUAUUCACCAGACAAGCCUCGCUACGGCCCCAACAUCUGCGACGGACACUUCGACACCGUUGCCAUCCUCAGAGGAGAAAUGUUUGUGUUCAAGGACAAAUGGUUCUGGAGGGUACGUAACAACCAUGUUCUGGAUGGAUAUCCCAUGCCGAUUGGUCACUUUUGGAGGGGAUUGCCCACUCACGUCAGUGCCGCUUUUGAAAGGGAAGAUGGGAAAUUUGUAUUCUUUAAAGGGGACAAAUAUUGGGUGUUUACUGAAUCAAUUCUGGAUCCUGAGUUCCCUAAGAGUCUAAAGGAAAUAGGCACUGGGCUUCCCAAAGAUCGAAUAGACGCUGGUCUCUUCUACACCCCCACUGGACAGACAUUUUACUUCAGAGCAAACAAAUAUUACCGUUUCAACGAAGACUCACGAAGUGUUGACGAUGGCUAUCCAAAAGCUGUUAGUGUGUGGCAAGGAGUGCCCGACAACAUCAAGGCAGCCUUCAUGAGCAAAGAUCAAGCGCACACCUACUUCUACAAAGCUAACAAGUACUGGAAGUUCAACAACCAGAUGAUGCGCGUGGAGCCCGGAUACCCGAAAUCAGCCCUUCGUGACUGGAUGGGCUGCUCCAAUGAAGACCCCAAGACGGACGGAGGAAAAGGCGGUGGCGGACACGACAAGGACAAGGAGAGGGAGAAGGAAAAGGAGCGGGAGGAUAAGGACAGAACUAGAGAUAGAGAGAGGGAAAGAGAGAGGGAGACAGAGACGGAGAGGGAGGAGGAGGAUACGGAGGUGAUCAUUAUUGAAGUGGAUGAGGAGCACGGUGUAGGUGGUGGCAGUGGAGCAGCGGCGGUGGUGUUGCCGCUGUUCCUGUUAGUGUGUGUGAUUGCGACGCUGGCUGCCUUGGUGUUUUUCCGUCGGUACGGUACCCCACGCCGACUCCUCUACUGCCAACGAUCUUUACUGGACAAGGUGUAGACGGAGGAGGGGAGGGAGAGAGGAGGGAAAGACAGGGAGUGAAAGAGAAAAAGGUGGAAGGAAAUGUUGAACACAUAAUGAGAGCAGAAGAGAAAGAGAUAACACUGGAGAAAGAGCAGAAGGAAAAGCACCCGAGAUGCAUUUUAAAAUAUUCGUACCACUGCCAGAUUCCUUCGGCUCUCUCUCUCAACCACUCCAUCCUUCCAUUUGAUUUCUCUCUCUUCUGUCUCUGCCUUUCUCCUCGUGGUUACUGACGCCAGCCCUUUGCGGUUUGUUUUAGCCUUUUUCAAUGUCUUAUUUUUAGUUUAUGUCAGUGGUCAGUGUUUGUGUCCUCGUGAAUUUCCGCUUCGAACCUGCAUCUCCAUGGCGCCCAUUCUAGCAUGUCCCUUCGAGUAUCGAAAAGCAUGUUUGAUCGUUCGUCCCGCCCCCUUGUUAACUUGCACAAUCUCACAUGAGCACACACAUUUGCAAACCACAGUGGCAUAGUCAUUGUGUUUCUUAGUCUUCCAGUAAAGUAACGUGUCAGAGCCAGUAUGGACCAUAAAAGGGAAACAAAACAUUAAGUCCUUAUGAAGCAUGAGAUACACUCUUCAGAGUGGAAUAAAUACGACUGUCUUUUCCUUUUUUAUAUCAAUGUCUUCAGUGCUGAUUAUUAUUAUAAAUGAUGUCAUUAUUAUUAUUAUGACUAAUACUAUUAUUGUUGUUGUCCUACGUGUAAAGAAUGUGUUUUUGUACAUUGUCAUUAAAAAGUCCUGCUGGACAGUGACAUACAGUUUUGAAAGUGGCCUUAAUUUUAUAUGUGUGGGGACAGUGAAUGGGGUAGGGGGUUAUGUAUUCUUGAAACUUGAUUGUCUUUUUUUUUCUUUUUUUUUACCUUGAAUCCAUUUCAAAUGAAAAUAAAUCGAAGAUCUGAAAAUGAUUCCUUUUUGUCAUUGUACUUGUUUACAGUUUCAAAUCCUGGUGCUACAUUACAAGUCAGGGGUUAUGGGUAGUUUAACAACAAUGAUAAUGAUACUAAUUUUCUCAAUGAGAUUGUGUGUGUGUGUGUUCUUACCCCCACUUAUAUUUUUAAGCUUUUCUUACUAAAUAAAGUAAUUUAAAAAAG